AUGGCAAUCUUCCCCCUUCCCCCCGGCCUCGCCGCCCGCCUCAACAUCCCGCCAACCUACCAAACCGCGACCGAAGACACCGCACCACCCGCUUACAUCGCGCCCCUGAACCGCAUCUCCACCUUCCGCCCCGAAUCAAUCCCGCUCCCCCCGUCACCCGCACCAGCACCAUCAACGCAACAAAUCCCACCCCCGGAAUACUCCCCCUCGGUCUACUCGCAACAACGCCUCUCGCACCACCUACCCGACCCGGACCCCGCCGCCCUGGGCUUCCCCAGCUCGCCCCGACGGCCGUCCGCGGGCAAAGUGGAGCAGCAGCAUGCGGGCCACUUCAAGGAGAGCUGGACGGAUCUUUCGAUGCGGGUGGAUCUGGAAGCUGGUCGGGAGGGGGCGAAGGGGGAGCCUGGGAAGAGAAGGAUUCAGAUUCGAGUAGGAUCGCUUGCCUCCGACAUCUGCGUCGGACGUUUUGAAAACCAGAUCGUUGGUUCCUCCCCUCGGUAG